GGGCGGUGGAUCAGUUGCUGAUGACGCGCCGAAGCCCCAGGGAGUUCUGGCUCAAGAUCGCAAGCCUUUGAUAAGGUCCUCACAAGUCGCUAGCAACUCGCGUUGGAAACCCCCCCGUUGGAAGUCGCCCUGUGCGCCGCGGAGAAGUGGGGUGCAAGCAGCAGUGGUCACGGAGCGGCGGAGCCUGAAAGCGGCGUGUGGCGGGCCUCCGGUAGGCGGCCAGCGCCGCUCGUUUUUAGCUUCCUUCCCGGACGCGGCCGCCGGUCGGCGCUUUGAAGUGCGCAGCUCCAGGAGAAGGAGGGGGCGGCGGCGGCUGCUUACGGGAGGGGGAGACAAGCAAGCUAGCAAGCGAGCGCGCAGGCGAGUGAGCCAGUGAGCGAGCGGUCGACGGAUUAUUGUUAUUCUGGACCCUCCUGUCUGCGGAGCGCAGUGGAGUCCCGCGCACACGGACACCCGGGACGGGACAGGACGGGACAAGACGCGUCCUCCUCCUCCGCGUAUUGCCGGCGGAUCGAUGAUAGGGGCUAAGUGACCUCCAGAUCCUGACAGCAGCAGCCUGAAGUCAUGAGUUGGACACUGGUAGAUCUGAGCAGUAGCUUUCAUGAAGAUGCCCCACGGCCGCCAGUGCCUGGACAGGAAGGGCAUGCUCCACCACCAUGCUGUCCUUCAAGCAGGCCUGUCAUGAGGAGCAGGAGCAGCAGGGGAGAGGAUGGGCUGGGGGAGCCAGAGGGCAGCGCCUCACCCGAUUCUCCUCGCACCCGCUGGACCAAGUCCCUUCUCUCUCUUUUGGGAGACCAAGAUGGGGCUCAGCUCUUUAGGACCUUCUUGGAGAGGGACAAGCAUGUGGACACUCUGGACUUCUGGUUUGCUUGUAAUGGGUUCCGGCAGAUGGACAUCAACAAUACCAAAACUCUGCGUGUUGCCAAAGCCAUUUACAAAAGAUACAUUGAGAACAGCAGUGUGGUGGCCAAGCAGCUGAAAGCGGCCACCAAGAGCUACAUCAGGGAUGUCAUCCGGAGGCAGCAGAUCGACUCGGCCAUGUUUGACCAGGCACAGACUGAGAUCCAAAGCAGCAUGGAGGACAGUGCCUACCAAAACUUUCUCACUUCUGACAUUUAUCUGGAAUAUAUCCACAGUGGUGGAGAGAAUGGUGCCUACAUGCAGCCAAUUGCUAAUCUCAAAGUCUGUGGCUAUUUGCCCACAUUGAAUGAGGAAGAGGAAUGGACCUACAAUGAUCUGAAGACAAGGACUGUAACAUCAGUGGUUGGACUUUCCCCUGAAUCGUUGAGUGCAACCAUUUCAUCACGAAGCAAUGAAGUGACAGAAAACACAUACAGGCCCUGCAGAGUCGGUGACUCCUCCAGCCCCUACCACUCCGGCUCAUCAUAUGGGUUUGCCCCCGCAACCAGUGCCAAUGACAGCGAGAUCUCCAGCGACGCCCUGACGGAUGACUCCCUGUCCAUGACAGAAGGCAGUGUAGAUGGCAUACCUCCCUACCGGCUGGGCAGCAGGAAGCAUAUGCAACGGGAAAUGCACCGCAGUGUCAAAGUGAACGGCCAAGUGUCCCUGCCUCACUUUCCGAGGACGCACCGGUUACCCAAGGAAAUGACCCCCGUGAAGCCCGCUGCCUUCGCCGCCGAGCUCAUCGCCCGCCUUGAAAAACUGCGCCGUGAGCAGGAGACCAUGAGCUGCUUGGAAGAGAGGCUGCAGAAGAUUAAGGAGGAAGAAGAGAAAGACGAGCCCGAUGCCCCAUGCAAUGGGCAGGCCCUACGGGAUUCCUCCAACUCCUACCACCGGACGCAUUCUUUAGGCCUGUUGUCCCCAGGUAGCUGUGAGGAUGACCCCCAGGCCAUACUGGAUGAACACUUGUCCAGGGUUCUGAAGACACCGGGGUGCCAAUCUCCAGGUGUAGGGCGCCACUCUCCACGGUCCCGCUCCCCGGAUCACCACUUGCACCGGGCUGCCACAGCCAAGCGGCUCUCGUUGAUGGGGAGUGCACCUUGCACGACGUAUCCUGUGGGCUGUAGUGGGAAGACCUUUAUCUCCAAGCAGUCAAGCAAGCAUGUUCAUCACCACUAUGUCCAUCACCACUCUGUGCCCAAAAGCAAGGAACAGAUUGAGGUGGAGGCAGCCCAGCGUGUUCAGUGCCUGUGUCCGGGAAGCCCAGACUGCUGCUCGUACCCCAGAUGCAGGAACCACCUGAAGGAGCAGUGUUUGGGCCCACCAGAGGCAUUUACUAUGGGGCGGCCUGGUGUGUUGUCCAAGAGGAACUGCAGGAUAGGAGAGGGCUUUGUACUGUCCGGAAGCGAGGUCAUAUCCAGCUCCACCACCUUGCAGCUGCCAUCAGAUGGGACAGACCGCUCACAGAAUGUCUGGCAGUGGAUGAUCGAGAGUGAGCGGCAAAGCAGGCACAAGAUGCACAGUGCCGGAGGUCCAAAAAAAGCACUUGGCGGUACUGGUGAGCGGCCAGGGCGGCAGCACUCCUGGUGCAAUACAGGUCACCUGAGAUCCCAUCAACCAGCCCAUCCCUUCAUUCAGGACCCAGCCAUGCCACCUCUGCCACCUCCCAACACCCUUGCCCAACUGGAAGAGGCUUGCCGGAGGCUGGAGGAGGUGUCCAAUCCAGCCAGACAGAGGUACCAGGCGUCCAGCCUUCAGAGAGACCGCAACCAUCUGAGCCCUCUGCCAAGCCCCGGACCUCAAGAGGAAUUCAGAGAGCCAAAGAAACCAACGUGUGGUCAGGCAAGUGAAUUGGUCGUCACCUACUUCUUCUGCGGAGAGGAGAUCCCAUACCGGCGCAUGAUGAAAGCUCAGUGUCUAACAUUGGGUCACUUCAAGGAGCAGCUCCGAAAGAAAGGAAACUACCGGUACUACUUCAAGAAAGCCAGCAAGGAGUUUGACUGCGGAGCUGUGUUUGAAGAGAUCUGGGAUGACAGCACCGUCCUGCCCAUGUAUGAGGGAAAGGUUCUAGGGAAAGUGGAGCGGGUGGACUAA